AUGUCCGGCACUUCGUUGGGCCGGUCUGCCCUCUCACGUCGUGCCCAAGAGUGCGCCAAUUCCCCCGAAUCUCCGCAAUGGCAUGUCUACUCUGACCAGUGGCAUCCUUCCUCUAAUCCAGGCGGGUAUGUCAAUGUCGGCGUUGCGGAGAACAGCCUGAUGCACGCUGAACUGGAAGCUUACAUUCAAACCACUACCCAUGUGCCGCAAACAGCAUUCACCUACGGCGAUGGGCCGCUGGGAUCCAAGCGACUUCGAAAGGCAGUGGCUCGAUUCCUCAACCGACGGCUGCAUCCUGUUCUCCCGUUGGAGAUGGACCAUGUCAUUGUCACGAACGGCGUCUCUCAUGCGAUCGAGCAUACCUCUUGGGCAUUCUCUUUCAUUCCGGACAUCUCGCUAAGGCCCGGUGUCGAGGCUCUCACGGUAUCGUUUGGCUCUGUAGAUCCUAUGAGCGUCGAGGCCGUCGCCAAAUACGAAGACACCAUUCUGGCGGCGGAAGAGCGGGGCAUUCGAGCGAAAGCUCUCAUGUUGUGCUCCCCGCAUAACCCACUCGGGAGAUGUUACUCUCGCGAAGCCCUUCUGGCCUACAUGCGUCUGUGCGAGAAGUACCAGAUUCACUUGGUCAGCGACGAGAUAUAUGCCUUUUCCGCUUGGAAGAAUCGUCACGAUUCAUACCCUCCACCCGUCGAGUUUACGUCUGUCCUGUCCAUCGCACCAGAGGGCAUUAUUAAUCCCCUCCUCGUCCACGUCCUGUGGGGUAUGAGCAAAGGCUUUGGUGCCAACGGUCUCCGUGUUGGAUAUAUUAUCUCGCAAUAUAACGAAGCCUUCCGCGAGGCGCUGCUCGAGGUCGCAAUCUAUUCCUAUGCGACAUCAGUCGCAGAGCAUAUCGCUGCCAAAAUUCUCGAGGACGAUCCUUGGGUGGACAACUAUAUUCAGACCAAUCAAACCCGGCUGGCGGAGUCGUACAGUCUUGUCGUUGAGUUUCUCAACAAGCAUAAUAUCCCGUACACGCCAGGUGCCAAUGCUGCAUUUUUCCUCUGGGUAGAUCUUGGAAAGGCAUAUUUGGAACGACACCCCGAACAGCGGCGAGAUGCCGGUGAAGCGCAGGUUGAUGAUGGUACAAGUGUCAAGAUCAUGCAACUACUCAUGAAGAACAAAGUGUUCCUAGGUGGUGGCGCUGUCUUCGGUGCAGAGACUCCGGGGCUCUUUCGCAUUGUAUUCAGUCAUGCACGUUCGUACAUAGAAGAGGCGCUAAAGAGAAUUACUAAAGCGAUGGGAGAUAUGGAGGUCGAAUAA